CACGAGCCUACUCGAUUUGCUGUCACUGCCGACACCGGCCCGCCAGCUCAUUUUGGGCGGCAAGUUCGAUAAAGACUUUGCUGGCUGUCGGGCGGUGUGCCGAGGCUUCAGGGAUGCCUUCGACAGCACCGUUACCGAGGCACACCUCCAUAUAGACGCGGCGGCUGUGAGGCUAUGGACCGACGGGCAGGCCCCUCGUCCCUCGCCUCUCGUGCGCUUCCCGCCCUGCGCGAAGCUUGCGAUCUUGUUUGCGGGCGCAAAUCACGAGCUCAUUCUUUUCUUGGCUCUGCUCGGCGCCACGCCCGAGACCCGACAACAGCUCCCAGGCGUGCGCAGCAGUGGAAGGGUCGCCGUGAUCGACAGGCCCGACUCGAUGCCCAAUUUGUAUGCGUCGCUAGGGGCACAGCUAGCAUGUCUAGAAGAGCUGAAGCUGGAGGUCAGAGGGCCCUUUGACUGCUGGUGUGCCGACGGAGACAGCGAACGCGUCGCAAACGUGCUGGCCAUGCUAGCCGAGAACUGUCCGCGCUUACGGCGCCUUCAGCUGCCGCUGUUGGGACCAAAGGACAUGGAGCACCUGCGGCCGCUGUCCGGCUGCGCGCAGCUUCGCGAGCUGGUGCUCAAGACAGGGGCAGGAGGGCUGACCACCAGCGAUGGCGGCGUGGCGGCACUGCAGCAGCUCUCUCAGCUCGAGCAACUGGCGCUUAUUAAUUUCGACCUGCCGCGCGAAUACAGCAGAGGGUUGCUACAGCAGCUGAUGAGCGACCGCCGGCCCCCAGGCCUGGGGCACCUUACCAUGUUGGAGUCGCUCGAGCACGGCGACGGCGUGGCCGGCUCCUGCAGCAUCACAUACCAGCACCCCCACCCGCCGCUGCACCCGCCACCAGCAGCGGUGGAGGGGCUUGCCAUGCCUGCGGACGCGGCGGCGCGAGGUGCGGGCGCAGGGGCGGGAGCGGCGGAGCCGCCCGGCCCGUCAGCCCCAAUGGUGGCGGCGGCGGCAGCGGCGGCAGCAGCGACGGCAGAAGCGCCGCUGCCCAUAAUGCAGCGUGUUGAGAUUGGCGGGCUGUCCUUUAGGCCGUGGGCGAUGCCGGCCAUGGUCCUAGCAGCCGCGGUCCAGCUGGGGCAGGACUUCAUUCCGGAGCUGGUCAUUGCAGACAUAGAGCCUGACGAGUCGUCACUCGACCGCCUGCGACCAGACCAACCGCUGCCACGAUUGGCGGCUGGCUCCGAGCGGAUGGGGUUGGGCCGCCUGUCGCUGACGGGUGGUGCUGACAUGAAGUCCGUCUGCUCUGUGUUAUCAUUGAUGGGGCUGCCGCAGUCUUUGAGGCUGCACCAUGGAGAGUGGAGCUGGGACGACGACCUUAUGGGCGGCGGCCGCAGGUACCGCCAGGCGGCGGCGGCGGGUGCUGCUGCUAUGGCUGCUGCAACUGGCACUGCCGGUGCGGCGGGCUCAGCAGCAGCGGAGCAGCUGCCGCCCGGCGGCCCGCCGCCAGACCUGAGCUUGGGCGCAGUCGACCUGGAUUCCGUGCUGGAGCGGGGGCUCGACCGGCUGUCGGCGUGGGGGCUGCUGGACGGCAGCAAUUGCAGCGACGGCGGCAGUGACAGCGGUGGUGCCAGUGACGGCAGUGGCGGUGACAGCGGUCACGGCGGUAGCAGCAGCAGGCCCAGCAGGCGCGUGAGUGGCGUGGGCCCGGCUCUCGCAAUCCUGCGAGGCGUGCCGCCGCCGUAUUCCAUUUGGGUUAAGGAAUGGCAGGACGAUGUGGUGGGUACGUUAGGAGCGGAGACCGGCAUAUUUGCCGGGCUCGACUCCAGCACCAUUGAGCGGCUUCUGCGUGGCCCUAGGAAAAUGGUAACACUCGUGCCGCCGCGGUCUGUGGUGGUUGAGUGCGCAUCCCGCAGCGACGCGGAGGAACUGGUGGGCCUGGUGCGACCCGGCAAGGAGCAAACGGUGGAAUUGGUGCCGUUGCAGCCCGGCGAGCUAGCCCUCCCUGCUGGCCACCACUUCCGGCAGUGCGUGUCCGAGGUGCUGCUGGAGCUGUGGGCGAUGUCGGGCGGCCCGGGCGAGGGCAGCGGCAGCAGCGGCAGUGAUGCCGCUGAGGAAGGCGACGGCAGCGGCAGCAACUGCAGCGACGGUGGCGGCGGCUAUGCGAGUAGCGACAUGGACAGCGACGAUGGCGGCAUCAGCAGCGGCGCCGGGGAUGGUUGCAGUAGUCGUCACGGGGUGGAGCUGAGUGCGGAGCUGCACAAGCGGCUGGAGAAGCUGCUGGAGCUGGACUACGAAGUCAGCAUCAAUUGGGAGGUCCGGGACUGGCGCGACUUUAGUAAACGGGUAUGGUAGGGCUCUAGGGUUAGCGGGUGGAAGGGGCGCAGUGCUGACACGGUAUUGCGCACUGCUGCGGGGGGGGGGCAGCUUGGCUGUUCACACGUGUAGGCCAACGGAACUGGCGGGCGGAUACGAGGAGUAUGUUAUGUGCUGUGCAUAUAGUUUGGGCAAGCUGUGCACGUUGCGACGACUUGCGUUAUGUGGAUGGCUUCACAACGGCGCAAGCUCAGCCCACAUGAGUGGGGCCGGGCGUGUCGGGGCUGCUUGCACUUUGCGCGGUAACACGGAACACAUAGGGGUCUGACACGUGCCUGGGACGGGGCAGAGGGCUCACAGGUGACACGACGUGUUUCCGCGCAUGUGGCUUUGCUCGUGUAGCGGGAAACGGAACAUGUGUGCGCAAGGUUGUCCAAGUUUGAUAGGGUUUCUGACGUUACGUUUGCGGGUAGUUGCGAUCGGGCGGCUAUCGGCACCGCACCAACGGCGGAUGUUUGUUGAGGUGCUAGGUCUUAGCUGUGGCAGACUGCGACUGACGACUGGGGGCGACUUGUGCGAUGAACGAAAGCAGUGCAGCAGCAGGCCCGGUCCUCUCGCAAGAUUAAUGAGCGGAUGGCGUGCAAGUGCGGAUGAGGGAGAGCAUGCCCUACUUGACUGUAAUAAAAUGAGGAGUGAACGAUACCCCACAAACGGUACCGACCGUGCGCGUGGCGAUUGUCGGAGUUGAAGGUACGGUAAUAGCUUUCUUGGCUCCGCAUAACUACAUGACCACAGACCGGGACUGAUCGAAGCACAGCGGAGGUCAGGGCAAGCAUGGCGGCUGCAGUGGUGCUGGUUGGGGAAAGAAUGAGGCGGGGCCCAACAGCCCGGUAUCUUUGACGUGGAUCCGGCCUUGUGGUUGGUCAGCAGGGUCGCCUACGGCCAGCCGGGCAGCCGGGCUACAGCGCCACAGCACACCGUGUCAAAGGAAGUGUUGGGCAGCAGGGAUGCAGGGCCGCAGACAUUCGGAAACGGCCGUCGGUGCAAGGGCAAGGCAAGGGCAUGGGCAACAAGGGCCAGGGCCAGGGCAACAAGGGCCAGGGAUGAUGCUGGGGCAGGCAGCGGACUCUUCAUCGCCACAGC